AUAACUUAAGUACGCUGUUGUACCAUCUUGAGUGUUGGAUUAACUUCCUGAUUCCAAUUGUCGCGAUCCCUUCUUACCUGCGGUUCCCAGCCUACCUAUUAGCCCCCACUACAAACCAGGAUAGAAACACAAAGACAAAAUGGAGUGGGCGAAGCAAAAAUACAACGAACAAUACGAGAUCUGGAUGCCCUGGAUCGAGGACAAUUUCCUUAAAUACUUUACGAAGGAUAACAAAGCAAGCUAUACCACUAAGGAACAACUCGAUAAAUCCAAGGUAACCGGAGUCGAACAAGUCGACACACUACAAGAUGGUGUCCACGGUGUAGCUGCCGGACAAGUUGGGCAAGGUGGCCUGCUACAACCCGUUGGCGACCUCCUCUCCAAAGAAGGGCUUAACCGAGCCGAACGUCGUGGGAAAGACGAGCAGGGCGGAUACUUACCAUCUGCUGUCUCCGGAAUCCCGGGCUUGACGAAGUAAAACGAGUUGACUAUGGAGACAUGUUGCGGAUGAAUGAAGAUAUGAUGAUACCAAAAGGAAAUAAGGGAUGUGAUGAUACACAGGGCAAGGUAACGGCGUUCGAUUUGAUCACGGGGAAUGAGAAAAGCGGACAC